AUGCAUUCGAGAGAUCUCAAGCAGAGCAAUGCCGAGACGGGCUCGAUUCGGUCUGCGUCUGGCUCUGCGCAUGAUCCAAAGCCAAAGUCUGCCGGUGCUGCUAGCUCCCAGGCAAGCUCCAACUGUCGAGCUUGUCUGCUCUCCGUUCACGAUGAGAACUUCUCGCGGGAAGACGUUCUGUUCAAUCGGCAGGCCCUCGGUGACUGGGCGGUCAAAGUAGGGGAUCUCAUUGAGCUGUCGGCGUUUCAUGGCGAUCCGUCAGAUUCUCAGCAAGAGGUGGAACCGUCUGGCAGCAACGUCCAGCAGGAUGAGGCCGGCGGCAGCUCAUCACGAAGCCAGAGCGGUGGUGGACGGUAUAGUCCCUUGCCCGGCCAUCGAGACCGCAGUGAUAAGGCGGUGCCUGACUCUUCCCAGAGCAAGGGGAAUUUCCUUUUCAUCGUCAAGCAGAUGCAAUCAGAGAUCCUGGGCAGGCAUCCAAAUAUUCCUAUAUCAGUUUCAAAUCAGGUGGCCAACAGGUUCGGGUUCAAGAAACGGUCCCGGGUUAUUUUGACCGUGAAGCAGCGGUCCCAAUGCUCGGCAACUCAUGUCGAGCUGGUAUUUCGCGAUCAAUUCUUGCUACGCUCAGAUAUGUGGCGGCUGGCAAUGUCUGAACUUUUGGACCGGCCACUUUACAAGGGCCAAAAGAUAGUCUUCAUGAACAGUGUAAAAGCGACAGUCAAGUCUAUCUUUCAGGGUGGCCGAAAAGUAAUGGCCGGAUACUUCACCCCGCGUACUAUACCGAUCUUUAGAAGCGAGUCUGCAAGAUAUGUCCUCUUUAUUCAGAUGUCGAAAGAGAUGUGGGAUUUCAAUACCGAGGGGACCGGUGAUAUUCUCUUUAGUCGAGUGGUCGACGGCCUUUUACCGGAACUCUUCAAACGAUGGGCGAGCAUAGAAGCUCGCCACCUCGUUACCAUCGUACUCUUUACAAGGGUUCAAUAUGACCAUAGUUCUUCCAACGAGUUCAAACCCAUGAUACUCAACAGCAGCUCCCUAAAUCAAACCCCAACAGUCGAGACUGGGUCCAGUGUGCAGGAUUUUUAUCGUGUUGUCGUCAAUGACAUGCCGAGCGGCCGAUGGACUGCCAUCUUGGACGAGCUGAAAAGAGAAUUCAGGACAUUCCUGCGUGAUAUUUUGGUUCCGCCGCCCCACGACUCAAGAGAUCCUACGUCUGUUGAAGGUUCUCCGCCAGUCACUACAACCGGCAGUUCGCCUACCAUUGCGGGCCAUCUUACUUCGGCGAUCAAAGGCAACAUAUUGGAAGCUAUCAACAUUGCUUCAUCUUAUCUAGAUUUUGAGUACGUUGGUCGUGACCUGGUUAGGACGGGGACAUCGAUUGUUGUCAUCACUCCGGGCUCGGGCACGUUUGAAGUAGCGUUUGAUACUCUCGCCUUGACCUCAGAUGUUCUAGGUAGCCGUUCUAUCGGCAUUGACCUUAUUUGUCUGAGUCCCAUGCCGCUACACUCAGUUCCACUGUUCAAGUAUAAAAUCCCGACGCGGCGAUCAUCACGCGCAUCUAAUUCUACUUCGAAGAGUGGAGCAACUAAUUCUGAACCCUCCGAACUUGCAUCACCAACAUCUACUACGACCACUAUUGCCGCCUGGCCCCCUACCCCGAAACCACCCCAAUUGUCUGAAUCGCUGUCAGGGGCCAUUUAUUCAAGACCUGAUGUCGAAACCAACCUUGACCCAGAAGAAUGGGGGUAUGGAAUCCCUUACUGGAUUGAUAUAUCAUUUUGGGGUGCUCAUAACUACCAGGAUAAAAAAUGGAAGAAGGAUAACGUCACGCCACCGGCGUUUGGCACAGUUGCGCCACAGCCGAAAUUAUUCCAGCCCAAAGUCCGAAUGUACGAGAUACAAAUGAUGGGUGUAAUGGAGAGUGAGCAGUCAAAUAUAUCCAUACCUAAUCUUCACGUCGGACAUUCUGUCAUAGAUGACACGGCUGUACGCCCACGCAGCGCUGAACUUGGCGCUUUGAACUCUCCUUCGACAUUGGCUUCACAUAACUCGUCACACAAGCCUCAAACACGCGAUAGAGAACGGCCGGGGUCAUUUAUGUAUAGCUUCAAAGACUCUAAAAAGCUAAUGAUGUCUUCUCAAGAGAAGCGGCGCACAAAUAUAGCGGAAUGGAUGGAUUCGUACGACCAACUAGCAUUCCACGUACACUCUAAAAAGAGAGCUCCGAGGCCGCAACGCAAACCUAAAUCGACAGGCGUCUCUAACAUUUCUAACGCUUCCAGACGAGCAUCACAACAGCCAUCCCGCGCCUUAACAUAUGCAAGAGGCCCAGGCGCAGUUACUCCAACUCGCCCAAGCGCUGCAUCCCCCGUUUCUGGUUCUGGCACAAGCUUGAGCAAGGAGGUAUCAGCUCCUAUUGCCAAAAAGCCAAGCCAUAAUAAGUCCAAUCUCAAGGAUAUGUCCAAACCUCCAACCCCACGUAACACCCGUUCGAUUAGCUUUGCGUUACUUGGAUUUGGCCGUGCACCCCCAACUGCUACUGCGAGUACCGAGGUGAAAACGGAGUAUGCGAAGGCACUACCAACAGCAAGCGGAAAGACGCCAGAUGAAACUCCAUACGAUUUUCCCAAAGCAGAUGACGUUUCUCAAUCAUCCAGCACUUUCCUUCCCAUCGUAACAGAACAGCAAAAAAUAGACGAAUCUAGUGCUUCGGAAGUUAUUCCUUCGAGACCAAUAUCAAUAAGAACUGCAGUUAGUCAUGCUCCAGAAGAAGCUACUAUAGAUGCAGCAUCGUUGGAUGGUUCUUACACUGCUCCAGCAACGGAAGUGCGCCAUGAACAAGGGAGCCUGUUUGAAAGCCAUGCCGCUCAUGGCUCCAAACGAACUGGUCGUAGGCUAGAUAUGGCCAACAAGAGUACUCCGGCCUUGGGUAUCUUUGUUCCUUCUCCGGAGAAGGCGUUAGCCCCUUGGAUAAAACAUGUUAAGCCAUGGAAUCCUCCUAAACACCUUCCUACACGAGAGAGCUGGUUUGGACGAUGGCAUCACGUUUACCCACGGAAACCAACUACCUCAUCAGUCAAUUGGAAAAGUCUAAAAUCUCCUGCUGCGCUACCUUUAACUACCGAGGAGUUCCCAGCGGAAGAUGAGUUGGAAGCUAAUUAUUUGCAAACUCCGUACACGGUUUAUCAAGAUGAAGACUCGGAGGCGUCAGAAAGUCCCAAAACACGGGAUGCGCUUUUGCGAGAAAUGAUUGCGCUACGGUUGUCUCAUGGCUUUCAAAUAGUUCUCAGAAACCUACGAGAGAAUCUUACCUUUGGAGAUACUAUUUUUGACCUUAGUGCUCUGGCGAAAAACAAUGUGACUAUAUACAUGUCGAUGGGUGGAAUCAUUCAUCGUUUAGUAUGUGUUGGUGGAGGCGAAAUUGAAGUUACCCAGUUCACGCGCAAACCUCUCAAUGGCUAUUUGCAGGAUUCAAAGGACUUGGAAAUCACGUAUUGCCCUGCCGUCAAAACGAUUUUAGGAACACAGUAUCGGAAAAAUUGCAUCCGCCUCGCAUUAUCUCAACUCGAAUAUAAUUGGAAUUUUGCAGAUUCGUUUCUUGCAGGUCAUCGAGAUCACCUGGCUGAUUCUUCACGCCAACUUAAACACUGGCGUACUCGCUUUGUUUUAAUUCCUGUUCAUAUUUCAACGAACUCUCGACGCCCAAACUCAUCCUUAAAUGAGGACAAUGAAGAGGAACGCCAUUUGAUGGGUAUUUAUCAAUUAACCCAAUUUUGGCAACGAUAUAAAUAUAUGCCGCCAGAAGAAAAGCGAUUCCAAUCGACUGGCAUGAAGAAAAAAGAUCAAAACCCUUUGAAUAUCUUAUAUCAAACAAGUGACCCGUCUGUUGUCGUUGCAACUGAACUUGACAGACUCUUGCUUGAAGAUCCAGGCCUCGAUAACCCGCCCGCACAGCUCCUCCCUGAGUCAGAGUUGCUUCAAAAGUCUUCCAUAUCACUAUCUUCCGUCGCUCAUGCAAUGCAGUCCGAAAAGGGGGUAAAGAUGAUGGACAGAAGAUGGCAUUGGCGACUCCAUUAUAACUGUUUUGUUGGAAUGGAGUUGACGACCUGGCUAAUAAAGAACUUCAGCGAUAUUGAUACUCGCGAGGAAGCUGUUCAAUUUGGAAAUGAGCUCAUGAAACAUGGCCUCUUCCAUCAUGUACAGCGGAGGCACAACUUUAGGGAUGGGAACUAUUUCUAUCAGAUAACCGAUGAACAUAGAAUGGCUAGACCUGAGUCUAAAGGCAGUUGGUUCCAGCCAUUCAAAGGUGAUAAAUCCACUCCCAGCACCCCGAUGGCUGUGGACGGGGCAAGAGACUCGCCUUCCAGUUUCCGUUCGAGAUCAGAAAAGAGCUCAGAUGAUGGCGGAGGCAGAAGCGAGCCUCUUCCACCACCACCAAGGUCUCUGGCACGAAGCAAGGUUGCUAUAUGGCUGGCAAAAAGCAUGAAAUACGACUUGGAUCCUCGCAAACGUUCAGAUCGCCCAGAGAUAAUCGACCUUCAUUAUGACAGGAUUCAUAACCCAGAAAACUGCUUCCACAUCGAGUUAAGCUGGAUGAAUGCGACACCCAAACUGGUUGAGGAUGCAGUCGUAUCAUGGGCUGGACUGGCUGAGAAGUAUGGGCUGAAGUUAGUCGAGCUGCCACUCUCCGAGGCAUCCUCGAUUGUCGAGUCGCAGGUCUUCAGACGUCCGUUCCCGAUCAAGCUUAAACAUCCGCCACCCGAGCCUCCAUCCGCGAACCACUUUACCUCCACAUCUUUCGCGUCUCAAAGUGCUCCAGACCGUCAUUUUUACCAAAAGGCCAUUCUGAAAAAGUUCGAUUUCAUUCUUGAUUUCGAGCCUUUUAGCGCGUUCCCAACAGACGUCGAGGUAUCUUAUUCGUGGGGUAAACCUGACUAUAGACUUCCACAAUAUGUUCACAGAUCGGGAGCAGUCCUCGCCCAGAUCACAGAUGAAGGAGACUUUUUACUCUUGACCAAUCGUCUAUUCAACACCUACCACCCUUCGGUCGUGAUAAAAGAAUCCAAUAAAUUUGAGCGGGGCGAAUACUUCCGGCCGCGUGCAUCCACCAUUGUUGACUCUACGCUUUAUGAUCGUGGCUCUCCGCACCUAUCGCCAGUUGUGCGCAGCUCUGGAAUCAACGGCUUCUCACCUGCUGUCACACCCCAAUCUCAACAACCUGAACAGGUCAAUGUGUAUCAGGCAGCAGUUGAUAUGAAGGAUAAAUUACAGGCAUUCUGCGAUGACAAGGAGAAGCUUGAUGCAUUCUAUGCUAAUGCCGCAGCACAGGGGAGGCCAAUUUCUACAAAGGCUAGUCCUACAAACACGAUGACUUCUGAGUCGUUGAUUCCGUCACUGGUGCUGCCCGAUAGUGUGGUACGCCAUUCAACUUCAAGCUCGGCAGGGAAAGUGCCUCAAAGGUCUGCAUCCAUAGAUUCAGUUGUGGUGCAACACACGACCCGAUAUAGUCCAGCGUAUGACCCUUCGAGAACUCCCCAACUUUAA